GAGAACUCUCAAAGCAGUUAUUCCUCAUUAUUAGACCAGGGAGUAUCCUCCAAGGAGAACUCUCAAAGCAGUUAUUCCUCAUUAUUAGACCAGGGAAUAUCCUCCAAGGAUAGUUCACAGUCAUCUUCAUCAUCAUCAGUGAAGAGUCUCCCAAAAGUGAACUUUGUGCUGCAACCAGGUACAUUUGACAUUGUGUUAUGUGUGGACAACCAAGAGGUCUAUGGUGCGGGGUCUAACAAGCAAGCCAUGGUGGCUGAGUUGAUUAAGCAUGGAGUGGAGAGCGAUGUGAGGAAACUGCAAGUUGGAGAUUUCUUGUGGAUUGCCAGAGAGAAAACAAAACCAAUCAUGGGUCAGCUCCAACUACCCCAGGGAAGAGAGCUAGUGUUAGACUAUGUAGUAGAGAGGAAACGUAUGGAUGAUUUAGCUGGGAGCAUAUGUGAUGGACGUUUCAAGGAACAAAAGCACAGACUGAGACAUUGUGGUCUUAGGAAGCCUAUAUAUCUAGUAGAGGAGUAUGGUUCUAGGCAGCAUUUCAGUAUAGGAGAAGACGCUCUCAACCAAGCAAUAACAAAUACUCAGGUCAUAGACCAGUUCUUUGUGAAGCAGACUAGAGACACUAAGGAAUCAGCUGCCUACCUUACUGUUAUGACGCGAUACCUGCAAGCUCACUAUAAUGGUAAGACUCUACAUGCUUGCCACAGGGGUGACCUCAUUGACUAUUGCGAGGAAUUGAACAUCAACAGCAGUAAGCAACAUCUCAUGACAUUUACUGAGUUCAAUGAAUCCAGUAUUAAAACAAAGGUAUCCAGUGUUCGUCAAAUGUUCGGCAAACAUCUGAUGAUGAUACAUGGAUUGACCAAUGAAAAGGCUUCUGCAAUUGUUGAGAAAUAUCCAACCCCAUCAGAUUUGUUUGAUGCCUUUGAAGCAUGUUCCACGGUGAAAGAGAAGGAAACACUGCUUGCACCUAUAAAGUUUGGAAAUGCUAACAGGUGUAUUGGGGUGGCCAUGAGUAAACAAGUCUAUAUGCUCUACAACUUACAUGUGUCACAUUGAAUAUUGGAAUCUAACCUACUACAGUUCUUGUGUGUCACAAUGGCCAUG